GUGACGCCAUGACUGACGCGACGCCAGACCAACUUAAUCGAGCGUGAUAACGCUUGUGUUGAUGUUGGCCGCUGCUUUCCCGUCCAUACUGUAACGCACAGGGACCAAACUUCAAGCCUCAGAAUGUUUUUCUCUGCUGCUCUUCGCUCUGCAGUGUCGCAGACGGCCAGGCAGGUCAGGAGUCUGCAUCGGUCUGCAGCGCGUGCUGGAGCUGGUGGCAUCUUUGUGCACAGAGAUACUCCCGAGAACAACCCUGAUACUCCUUUUGAGUUCACUGAGGAAAACCAAAAAAGGAUUGAGGCAAUAAUUUCAAUGUACCCUGAAGGACACAAGCAAGCAGCCACCAUCCCGGUGUUGGAUUUAGCCCAGAGGCAACAUGGAUGGCUUCCCAUCUCUGCCAUGAACAAGGUCGCUGAGGUGCUGGAAAUCCCUCCAAUGAGAGUGUAUGAAGUAGCGACAUUCUAUACGAUGUUCCUGCGUCAGCCUGUGGGAAAAUACUUCAUUCAGAUCUGCACAACAACACCCUGCAUGCUCUGCAACUCAGACAGCAUCCUGGAGGCCAUCCAAAACAAACUGGGUAUCAAGGUUGGAGAGACUACUCCAGACAAGAUGUUCACAUUAAUAGAAGUGGAAUGCCUAGGUGCCUGUGUGAAUGCUCCAAUGGUCCAGAUCAAUGACAACUAUUACGAGGACCUUACACCUAAGGACAUUGAGGACAUUAUUGAUGAACUUAAAGCAGGCAAAGUCCCACCACCAGGACCCAGGAGCGGGCGUUUCUCCUGUGAGCCUGCAGGAGGAUUGACUUCUCUGACAGAGCCUCCUAAAGGACCAGGCUUCGGUGUUAGAGCGGAUCUGUAGACAUUUUCGGCUGUCGUCUGCUUUUUUCAAAAGGAACUUGUUCCCGAAUCUGAUAUUAUGUUUAACUCAAACAUAUUGUGUAAAUAAAUUGUUCAUGUACCUCUGC